AUGCGGGUGGCCAAGUGGCUGACGGGGCUGCUCUACCAGCUCUCGCUGUUCAUCACCAGAUCUUGGGAAAUUCACUUGCACCCCAGGCAAGAAGCCCUGGUAAGGACGCUGGCCUCCUACGAAGUGGUGACCCCCGCGCGGGUCAAUGAGUUUGGCGAAGUGUUCCCUCAGAGCCACCACUUCAGCCGGAGGAAGCGCAGCUCGGAGGCCCUGGAGCCCCCGCCAUUCAGGACCCACUACCGAAUCAGCGCCUACGGGCAGCUCUUCCAGCUGAACCUGAGCGCGGACGCGGCCUUCCUGGCCGCUGGCUACACCGAGGUGCACCUGGGAGCCCCUGCGCGCGGGGCCGAGGAGCGCAGCGUGGUGGCCCCAGAUCUACGCCACUGCUUCUAUCGAGGCCAGGUCAAUGCUCGGGCGGAUCACACGGCGGUCUUCAGCCUCUGUGGAGGCCUGAUGGGAACAUUUAAAGCGCAUGAUGGUGAAUAUUUCUUAGAACCUAUAAUGAAGGCAGAUGGGAGUGAACCUGAAGAUGAUCAUAACAAGCCACAUCUUAUAUACAGACAGGAAUUAAAGAGCAGCUAUUUUCUGCAAUCUCCCCAGCCUUGUGAAGUUUCAGAAAGUCAAAUAAAGAAAAUCACUUUACCCUUUCAAAACUACAGCAACACAAAUGAAGAUCUUAAUGUAAAGAAGGAAAUGGCUUUAGGGUACCCUUCAAAAAAUAAAUCAUUGGAAGAUGAAAGAAGUCAAUUACAUUCCAGGAAAAAACGUUUUUUAUCCUACCCGAGAUAUGUGGAAGUUAUGGUUACAGCUGACGCUAAAAUGGUUCAUCAUCAUGGACAGAAUUUGCAGCACUAUGUAUUAACACUAAUGUCAAUUGUUGCAGCAAUCUACAAGGACUCAAGUAUUGGAAAUCUUAUCAACAUAGUAAUCGUGAAAUUAGUUGUAAUUCAUAAUGAACAGGAAGGACCAGUCAUCAGUUACAAUGCAGCUACCACAUUACGUAACUUUUGUUUAUGGCAGCAAACUCAGAAUGUUCUUGAUGAUGCUCACCCUUCUCACCAUGACACUGCUGUUCUUAUCACUAGGGAAGACAUUUGUGGAGCUAGGGAGAAAUGUGACACAUUAGGUUUAGCAGAAUUAGGUACCCUGUGUGAUCCUUUACGGAGCUGCUCUAUUAGUGAAGAAAAUGGACUGAGUGCUGCCUUUACCAUAGCCCACGAACUUGGCCAUGUAUUCAACGUUCCACAUGAUGAUAGUUUUAAAUGUAAGGAACCUGGGAUUAAACACCAAUAUCAUGUAAUGGCUCCAACUUUAAAUUACCACACAAGUCCUUGGACCUGGUCAAAAUGUAGUCAGAAAUAUAUCACUGAAUUCCUAGAUACUGGCCAUGGGGAAUGCCUCCUUGACAAACCAAAUGGAAGAAUAUAUGAUCUGUCUUCACAACUUCCUGGAUUAAUGUACGAUGUGAACAAGCAGUGUGAACUGAUGUUUGGCCCUGGAUCACAAGUAUGUCCCUACUUGAAGCAAUGCAGACGUCUCUGGUGUACGAGUGCAGAAGGAGUUCACAAGGGUUGUCGCACUCAGCACAUGCCCCUUGCAGAUGGAACAAACUGUGGUCCUGGGAUGCAUUGCCACCACGGGCUAUGUGUAAACAAAGAAAUGGAAACACGUCCUGUAGAUGGUGAAUGGGGACCAUGGGGACCUUACAGCUCUUGUUCAAGAACAUGUGGAGGUGGAAUCAAAAGCACAAGCAGGCUCUGUAAUCGCCCCGAGCCAAGAAACGGAGGAAAGUACUGUGUGGGCCGCAGGAUGAAAUUUCGAUCAUGUAAUACUGAUUCAUGUCCAAAAGGCAAGCAAGACUUUCGAGAGAAGCAGUGCUCUGAUUUUGAUGGUAAACAUUUCAACAUCAAUGGUCUUUCCCCUAAUGUGAGGUGGCUUCCAAAAUACAGUGGGAUUGCCAUAAAAGAUCGCUGUAAACUCUAUUGUCGGGUUGCUGGAACCACAAACUUCUACCAGUUGAGGGAUAGGGUUGCCGAUGGUACUCCUUGUGGAACUGAAACUAAUGACAUCUGUGUUCAAGGCCUGUGUCGGGUAGCUGGCUGUGAUCAUGUGUUAAACUCCAAGGCCAGGAGAGACAAAUGUGGAGUGUGUGGUGGGGAUAAUUCUUCAUGCCGGACAAUGGCAGGUGUCUUCAACAGUGCUCAUUAUGGUUAUAAUGUUGUUGUCAAGAUUCCCGCAGGAGCAACAAACAUUGAUAUUCUUCAGCACAGCUAUUCUGGAAAACCAGAAGAUGACAAUUACCUUGCAUUAUCUGACACUCAGGGGAAUUUUCUUUUAAACGGGAAUUUUGUUGUAAGUAUGUCAAAAAAAGAAAUCAACAUACAAGGAGCUAUUUUUGAAUACAGUGGUUCAAACAGCUCAAUUGAAAGAAUUAAUAGUACUGAUCGGCUGGAGGAAGAAAUUGUUCUGCAGGUUUUGUGUGUGGGUAAUUUAUACAACCCUGAUGUACGAUAUUCCUUCAAUAUCCCUGUGGAAGAGAAGAGCGACCUGUUCGCUUGGGAUCCCCAUGGACCAUGGCAAGACUGUACCAAGAUGUGUCAAGGUCUUCAUAGAAGAAAAAAAAUUGCUCAUGCCCAGGAGAGAGUGGAUUCAUGGGCGGUGGUUUCUGAUCAGAGAUGUGACCACUUACCACUUCCAUUGUUUGUGACUGAAAGGUGCAAUACAGACUGUGAACUAAGGUGGCACAUCAUUGGCAAAAGUGAAUGCUCAUCCCAUUGUGGUCAAGGAUAUAGGUCCUUAGAUGUUCACUGCAUGAAGUAUUCCAUUCAGAAAGGACAGACUGUUCCAGUAGAUGACCACUACUGUGGUGACCAACUUAAACCUCCCACACGAGAACCCUGCCAUGGUGAUUGUGUCUUAACAAGAUGGCAUUAUUCAGAAUGGUCCCAGUGUUCUAGGAGUUGUGGAGGAGGGGAAAGGUCUCGAGAAUCUUACUGUAUAAAUAACUUUGGCCACCGUCUUGCUAACAGAGAAUGCCAAGAGCUUCCCCGCGUGACGACAGAGAAUUGCAAUGAAUUUUCCUGCCCCAGUUGGGCUACUAGUGAGUGGAGUGAGUGUCAUGUUACAUGUGGAAAAGGAACAAAACAGCGGCAGGUGUGGUGUCAGCUGAAUGAAGACCACUUGAGUGAUAGUCUCUGUAAUCCAAGAACCAAACCUGAGUCUCUAAGACCAUGUGAGCUUCACGCGUGUGCUUCCUGGCAAGUCGGACCGUGGGGUUCUUGCACAGCCACAUGUGGACGAGGGUAUCAGAUGCGUGCUGUUAAAUGUGUCAAUGAGCUACUCAGCGCAGUCUUAGAUGACAGAGUGUGCCACGGAGCUAGUCGCCCAAGUGAUAGGCAGGACUGUUCGGUUAUGCCUUGCCCAGUUAUUCCUAAAAUUGGGGCCACUUCAUUGCCAGCUAUUCCCAUGGGAAAGAUAGCUCAGUGGCGACAUGGUUCUUGGACCCCAUGCUCUGUGUCUUGUGGACGAGGUAAUCAAGCCCGCUAUGUAAGCUGUCGUGAUGCUUAUGAUGGAAUAGCAGAUGAAUCCUAUUGUGCCCAUUUACCCCGACCUGCUGAAAUAUCUGUCUGUUUUAACCCUUGUGGAGAGUGGCAAACUGGGAAUUGGUCACCUUGUUCAGCUUCCUGUGGCCAUGGAAAAACAACUCGACAAGUUUUAUGCAUCAACUACCAUCAGCCAAUUAAUGAGAAUUACUGUGACCCUGCAAUUCGCCCUUUGAUCGAACAAGAAUGUAACCUGGCAGCCUGCCCACCCGUGUACAGUCACUUUCCAAGUUCCUCUGAGCGGCCAAGCCAUUUUCCAGGCAGGAAUUUUCCAUUAACUCACAAACCAGAAGAUAAUCAAAAUCAGAGGGUCCAUCUGUCAAUCAGCGGAAAUCAAUGGAGAACAGGACCGUGGGGAUCAUGCUCCAGUAGCUGUGCGGGAGGCGUGCAGCACAGAGUCGUGGUCUGCCAGGAUGAAAACGGACGAAGUGCCGGUUACUGCGAUGCGGCCGCGAGGCCCCCAGAGUCCAAGCGCUGCGAUUCAGGACCUUGUCCGCGGUGGAACUUUGGAAGCUGGGGAGAAUGUACACAAACAUGUGGAGGAGGAAUAAAAUCAAGAUUCGUAAUAUGUCAGUUUCCCAAUGGCCAAAUGUCACAAGAGCAAAACUGUGAGAUCUUAAGCAAGCCACCUAGUGUGGUGCAGUGUCAUGUGCAUGCUUGCCCUGGUGACGUAUCAUGGCAUCGGGGACCAUGGAAGUCGUGCUCAGCUUCUUGUGGUAAAGGUUUAAAGUACCGUGAGGUGCUUUGCAUUGACCAGUUCCAAGGGAAAUUAGAAGAAACAUAUUGCAGUCAUCUACGGAAACCUCGAACUCACAAAGCUUGUAGAUCUGUCAGAUGCCCUUCAUGGAAAGCCAAUAGGUGGAAGGAGUGUGCAGGUAACUGCGGAUUUAGUUACCGACAAAGGAUUACAUACUGCAUUGCAGUCUGGUCUACUGAGAAAUAUAAGCUUCAUCAACUUUGGCCUAUAGACUAUCGAGAAUGCCCUGUUCUGCCUUCCCCUCAGGUUUACAAAUGCAAUUUUAGGAGCUGUUUGCAUGUGGCCACUUGGAAAGUUGGAAAAUGGAGCAAGUGCUCAGUGACUUGUGGAGCUGGGAAAAUGGAGAGAAGAGUGGAAUGCGUGUCUAUAAAUGGUCGGUCUAGUAACUUAUGUUUAAAGCGUUUAAAACCAGAUGCUCAAAAGAAGUGUUAUGUCAAUGAUUGUAAAACAUUUACCAGCUGCAAAGAAAUCCAAGUGAAAAACAACAUUACCAUGGAUGGUGACUAUUACCUUAACAUUAAGGGAAGAAUAAUAAAGAUCUAUUGCACAGGCAUGCACUUGGAGAACCCCAAGGAAUAUAUAUCAUUGGUUAAAGGUGAAGAAGACAACUUUUCUGAAGUGUAUGGUGUUAGACUACAAAAUCCAUAUGAAUGUCCUUUUAAUGGAAGUAGGAGGCAAGACUGUGAGUGUAAAAAUGACUACCUGGCUGCUGGACACACUGUUUUCAGCAAAAUAAGAAUUGAUCUCAGUUCCAUGCAAAUUAAAACCACAGACCUUCUUUUUGCCCAGACAAUAUUUGGAAAAGCAGUGCCAUUUGCCACAGCUGGAGAUUGCUAUAGUGCUGCCAGAUGUCCACAGGGACAGUUCAGCAUUAACUUGGCAGGAACUGGAAUGAGGAUAUCCAGCACAGCAAAGUGGCUUGCUCAGGGGAGUUAUGCCUCUGUCAUCAUCCACAGAUCACAAGAUGGAACCAAAGUCUACGGGAGAUGCGGAGGGUUCUGUGGAAAGUGUAUUCCUCACAUGACUACUGGUCUCCCAAUUCAAGUAAUAUGA